AUUAAUCAUGUCUGCCAAAAACGUUUUGAAAAUGGCAAACAGGAACUCUGCAAACAAGAGAGACAUUCUCGGAGAUUUGCUCUCACUGAGCAGCAACAAAACUGUUAAUCUGAACGAGAUGGCACAUGGUCAGGGAAAGAGAAAAAUGGCAUCGAUUGACGGGCAAAAGGAGAAUCCGAAGAGAAUUAAGAUGAGCCAGCACAUGACUGCCAAGGAAGUUAAGAUUCCUCUAUUGCGAACGCCAGAUGAAGAAGCUCGGAAAAUCGAAAAACUCCGUCGAGAAGCCCGUAUCAAGCGAUCGAAGGAGGUUCACUAUGAUGCAGCAGAGCAACAACAAAUUAUGAUGAAUUAUGAAUGGACUGUUCAGAUGGAAGAACAAGAAAAAUUGAGAAAGAAGGUGGAAAAGAAGCAUUGAGAUCAACUCUGGAGGACGGUAUAAGAGGAAGCAAGUAAAAGGAGAGAAAGUAUUGAAGGUAGAGGAGACGCGACAAUCAAGUAUUUCAGAACGAUGAGAGCCGUAGUGUGGCGUGAAGUUUAUGCCAAGAGCGGUUAAGGUAAUUGAGUUUUUAUAGAGAAGAGCAACUCCUUCAUCCCCUUGAACCCCUUGAAAUUUAUUGUGAACGUUAGAAUUACGGUCAAGCCCUAGAGAAUGAGAUGAGAAUAAAGUGUUCG